UCAUCUGUUAGCCGUCGCAGUUUGAUGUCGCAAUCCUCCCUCCUCCUUUUCCAACUUCCUCGCUCUGUGUUGGUAAUUUUUAGAAACGACGUUCAUCAUUACGAUCUCCCGGCGCGGUUCACCGGAAUCCCCCAUGUCGUGGAAUAAUAUCGAAAACAGGUAACGAUGUAAAGCCAACAUCCACCACUCUUGGGGCAGGAUGUGAUGUGACCCCACACCACCCUUCUCCUCCGAACAUGUUUGAAGUCAAACCACGAACCGUGGACAAGAAGGAGUCCAGUACUGAGACGGAUGAAGGCCUGGGGAGCAGCAGUAGGCCAUACGGCUCCAGCUCAGUGGGUUCUGCUUCGGUGGAAUCAGGGUCAUUUUACCUAUCAGACAGCCAGGACUGGGUGGUUUCCCCGAGUUGUUCCCCAGAUGAAGGCUCUAACCAUCAUAAUGCCGUCUCUCCCAUGCUGGCUGAGGAGACUUUCCGUUACAUGGCAUAUCUAUCUUUGGACCACCCCGCUCAUUCCCACUCUGCCUCCCACAACUUCUCCACAGUCCUCAGUUCCGAUCGUGUGGAGCAGAUGACCAAAACGUACAAUGACAUUGAAGUGGUUACUCAUCUUCUCGCUGAGCGUGACAGAGACCUGGAGUUGGCAGCACGGAUUGGACAAUCGCUACUUCAGAGAAACCACCUGCUGCAAGAGCGCAAUGAGGCUGUGGAGGAGCAGCUAGCACAGACUCUGGACCAGGUUCACCAGCUACAGCAUGAGCUCAGUAAGAAGGAUGAGCUGCUGCGUAUGGUGGCCAGUGCCACAGAGGAGUGUGAGGGUGACUCCAAUGCAUCGACCCCUCUUAUGCAGUCUCAGUUUGCCGGUGGAUCCGCCGCUGCCGCUCUCAGCCAGCUUGAGUCAAUGCAGUUUAAGCUGCAGGAGCUGGAAGAGGAAAACCUGACUCUGAGGACUGAGGCCAGCCAGUUGAAGAGGGACACCAUCACCUAUGAGGAGAAGGAACAGAAACUUGUGAGCGACUGUGUCAAAGAGCUCCGCCAGUCUAACAGCCAGAUGGUGUCUAUGACCGAUGAAUUGUCACAGAAGAACGAGGAGCUGGUCAGACACCAGGAGGAGAUCGCUCAGUUGCUCUCCCAAAUCGUUGAGCUGCAACAUCGGGUGAAGGAACUGGCUUUGGAGAAAGAGGAACUGAGGAUCCACUUGCAGGCUUCCAAAGAGGCCCAGAGACAACUCACCGCUGAGUUGAAUGAGCUAGCAGAGAGGAACGCAGAGUGUGUUGAAAUGCUACAUGAGUCCCAGGAGGUGAUCAGGGAAUUGCGCGACAAAAACAAUUCCCCGUCUGGCAUGCGACGGCAUCUUUCCUAUGGCCUGUACCCUAUGGAUUCACUGGCUGCUGAGAUUGAAGGCACAAUGAGGAAAGAGCUGUGUGUUGAUGAAGAGACUGCAUUUCAAGAUCAAAGGAUUUCCCAGAAGCGUGUCUUCCAGACAGUACGCGCCAUCAAUGCUUCAACAUCCCGACCACCAUCAGCCACCCCACCAAUACCUGGUUCUGGUAGGAACUCUCUGGUAAUGACUGCACAGCCCUUCCCAUCUGCUCAGGGUGAUGAGGUGCCACUGGGCCAGCCUGGCUCCCCGGGAGGAAACGAUCUCACAAAAGCCCUACAUCGCCUGUCGCUGCGACGGCAGAACUUUUUGUCCGAGCACCAGUUCUUCAAGGCAGAACGUGAGAAAAAACUGCGGACCUUGGCUAGGGCGGAGGCUCACGACGCAGGAAGCGGCUGCAGCUCGCCAACGGGCAGUACGUUCUCCUCCUUUUCCAAUCUGUCAGAACUCUCCAUAGGCUCCAGUGUAUUCAAGACUUUCCUGCCAGAGAAACUUCAAAUCGUCAAGCCUAUGGAAGGCUCACUGACGCUCCAUCAUUGGCAGCAGCUAGCCAAACCCCACCUGGCUACUAUCCUGGACCCGCACCCCGGCGUUGUCACCAAGGGUUUCCGACCGCUCGCCCAAGAUGCCGUUUACCGUCUGAAUGACAUGGAGGAAGAUGGGGAGGAUGAAGUGCACCGAGAAGGGGAGGGUGUCGUCUUGGAGAAAGGUGCAGCAGAGAGAGGUAAAGAGGAAGACGAAGAGGAAGCGGGCAUUGUGUUCAAAGUACGCUGCUCAUCUACGCCUGAAGAGAAGAAAGACAGAAAGCAUUCAGCCGCACCUCUUCUCGUCACUCCUCUUUCACCGACCGAGCCAUUAUCCAUUCCCGUCUCUGAGACAUCCAGCCCACCGUCUCACUCUGGUCCGAACGUUUCCACGACAGCAGUCCAGUCGAGCACAUCUGUCUCAGUCCGAAACCCCGUCAGAUGUCAGAGCUCCACUUUCUCCACCUACACUUUUACCACCUGCCGCAUUCUGCACCCUUGUGACGUCACACAAGUCACUGAAAGUAGUUCACAGUCAUCUCUCAAUGCCAACACGCCCAGCUCCAUGAGAACUGGACCCAGCACCCCUCUAACCCCUUGCCGCCUCAGCCUAGGAGAUGCGUUUCCUGCUCGACGCCCCCCUGUGGCCGCAAGUGGUUUAGCGAAGUUGGUCCUGGAGAGAGGGAUUUCGGCCCAAGUCUCUACAGAAACCGCUGAAUUAUGUGCAAGACCCGCGCCUCCGCAGCCCCUCCUCCGCCUCCUCCCAGGCACGCCCCCCAACUCUCCCUCGCACUCACCCGGGUCUGAGUGCCGCCAAAACUUGGCUGACACUUUCCUGGCGUCGAGGCCAGCGGAGCUGUUCCUGCGAGACGUUUACGGCUUGAACCUCGGCCGCUCCACGCACCCCGACCUACCGAGCCCCUCACGAGAAAACGCCGCUCUUGGCCCACCGCCGGAAUUGCUUAACAUCAGUCUUCUGGAGAAGUUGCGUCACAUGGGAUUUACAAAGGCCCCCCAGGCCACGCCCACCUUUGUGUCUGCAGGAGGCGGCAGUUUACUGGACGGUCUGAGGCGCAACCAAAGCCUUCCGGCGAUGAUCGGAGCACGUGCGGGAAAGACUUCAGGUCGCCCCGUGCCUCCACCUCAUCCCACCUCCCUUGCGCUACCCCCACCAUCUUGGGGAACCCUUAAACAAAGACGCACAAAAGUCACCUUGAAUGCCCAGUCACGUUCAGGUGAAACCUAAACUCCAUCAUUGCUUACAUUACUCGAAAAGAUCAUGUUGUCUGAUACCCGCCACCCACCUCCCUUUUUAUGACUUGAUUUGAAAGCACAACAGCUAUGAACUGAGGUUUUUUUUAACUUCUAGCUACCUUUUAACCAUGAUUCUAGUUAUUAAGGCCUUAUAUUUUGUGGCGGUGGGUUUGUAGUACCUUCUUGAAAGAGUUGGGAAGGGGUAAAGAUAUAGCAAAAACACAUAAAUACUGAGAUACUGUAUGGAUUAAGUGUCAUUUUAAGGAGAAUAGAAGGUUUUGUGGAAGUGAAAGAGAAGGUGUUAUGGUCUGUGAUAGUUAAAAAAAGAAAAAUGGUUUCAAUAUGUUCAUUCCUGUCCAAUUUCAUAGAUGUAACAAGGGUUUUUUUCAGUCUUGGCAUCAACAUAGAAAUAAUUAUUGAUUUGUGGGCACUCCCCCCAAAAAACUACAUUAUUUGAAAUAAUAUCGAGUAACUACAUGCCCCAGGCAAACAAAAUUUAAUGUCAUCAUGUUUACUGUUGUAGUGAUGAGGUAUACUGGAGAUAAUGUACACCUCCUUUAAACUUGGGUUUUAACUUGUUAAAAAUUUGGAUUAUUUAGCAUAUGACAUCGUGUUUACUGUUGUAAUGAUUAGGUAUAUUGGAAAUGAUGUACACCUCAUUUAAACUUGGUUUUUAACUUGUUAAAAAUUCAUAUUAUUUAGCAUUAGACUUCUGGUUGGCUUUUUAACUUUUUUUAAAUCAAGUAUGAAAAAAAAUAGCUUUCCAAGUGCUACCACAAUGACUAAAAUAAAAAUACGUAGUAUGCCGAAGUGCUCAUCACAAAACAUGUAGCAGUAUAUUAGCUUUAUUAUUGCAAACCACUGUAAAAUUAAGUACCACUGCAUUAUAUGAACUAAAGGAAAACAUAUAAUACUUAAAUAAUGAUUCAUUAAAAAUGGAUUACACAUGGAAGUUAAAUAAUAAUUGAACCAAAAUCAGUGUUUCAAUAUGCCAAUGCCAUUAUUUAUUUUUAAUCAAAGCUAAAUACAACUGAACCGUAUUGAAAAAUGUACUGUACUGGAAAUUUAGAAAAGUCUGAGCUACUGUAAGCACUACCAGAGGGACUCUGCUCAUUGCAAUUUUAUUGCAUUAGCCUAGACUGCCAAAUGAUGUUUCAUUUUUGGGACACCAUGUAUGUGAACAGAAAAGACACUUAGAAGAGAAAGGAUCAUUUGCCAGGUUAAUUAUAUUCAUGCCCUGCUCUUGAAAUCCCAUCAUCAAUAACGUUUGACCAUAGAUGCAACCCCCAUCUCCAGCGUUUGUGGACGUCUGUAUGACAUCCAAAAGGACAUUCUUGCAUCCAAGUCCCAGCAUGUAUGUGGGAACUGGUUGAAGGUCCAAAGCAAACCAGGAAUGCGUUUGAUUUUUGUCAGUAAUAUUAUUAUUGUUAUAAGCGGCCUUACUUAGAAGCCAGCAGUGUUGCUCUCCUGCCUUUUCGCUAUUGCGAGUGUAUUAUGUGCAUGUUGUUGUUUUUUUUUUUCUUCACUCCGUCCGAAACUUCCACUGAGUUACCGAACUGUUGUUUGUAUUUAAACUUUUGUUUUACUUACACAACUAUAUCUCACUUAUUGAUGAGAAGCACUGCAGUCACUGAUUUAACUCGUUGUGUUGCGUUGCUUUUGUCCACAUUUGGAAGAAUACCAAAACUUAUUAAAAUCUUUGUUUCAAGGAUAUACUGUAUUAAAUGUAUUCAAGAACCUUGAAGGAAUUUAAUAUUGCUUUCAUGUGUGGUCUCAUGGAUUUAAUUUUUUUAACCCGACAUAUAAUGUUGGUGUGUCUGUAAGAUUUAAGGUAGACUGCUUAUAUCUUUUAAGAUUAUUCAUAGUUGGAUUUGCUUGUACGUUACCCGGUUACAGCUUAUCCUGGCACAAGGUACAGGUCUCUGUAUGCAACCUAUAGCUUAUUAUUUGUCCCACACCCUUUUUUUAAUAAAGCAAUG